GCAGCUGUGGAAACAGUGAUACCAGCAGAGAAUCCAUCAUGAGGAGUCUGGUGUUUCUGCUCUUGGUGGCGGUGGCCAGCGCUAAAGUCUUCCAGCGCUGUGAAUGGGCCAGAGUGCUGAAGAACCAUGGGAUGGAUGGCUAUCGUGGCUACAGCCUGGCCAACUGGGUUUGCCUGUCCAAGUGGGAGUCAGACUACAACACCAGAGCCAUUAACCGCAACUCUGAUGGAUCCACUGACUACGGCAUCUUCCAGAUCAACAGCCGCUGGUGGUGUAACAACGGCCAAACCCCCACUUCAAAUGCAUGCCACAUCUCGUGUAGCGAGCUUCUGACUGAUAAUGUCAGUGUGGCAAUCAACUGUGCCAAACGUGUUGUUAGGGAUCCCAACGGUAUCAGAGCCUGGGUGGCCUGGCGCCGUCACUGUGAGAACCGUGACCUGAGCUCCUAUGUGGCAGGAUGUGGUCUGUAAUCAGUGCACAGGACACUGUCAUCAACAAAACCUCUCCCAUCCUCAGCUGCUGCAGAGUGAAAUGGUUCUACUGUUUCUCUGUUUGAUUUGACAGAAGCAAAAUAUGCAGUUAUUGAACCUGCAGACAACAAUCCUCAAAUCAAGUGAAUUCAAAUCUUUACUUUCAUGGUCUUUAGUUGACCUUACUUGGUUUAACAGAUCUAAUAAUAGAGGAGAAAUGUGGUAAUUUCAACCUGUAUCUGUUAUUAUUAUGCUCAUUUUAAAACCAGAUUAAAAUGAUGAUUUGAAAUGAC